UUCUACUAGCAAAACUUUUUCCCGAAGUAAAAAAAAGUGAAAAGAAUAUUCUAAAGGUCCCGCUAUUCUUCAAUAAGAAAAAUAGCCAAAAACACAAUAAUAUUAUAAAUAUGAAUACAACUAAUAAAGGUCAAGCUAGUCCUAAUUCUCACUUUUUCCAUGUGGCUCGUCUCCGGGAUAGUCGAUAUCAUACCAAAGAAGUUCAUGGCGAAGGGAGAGAAGCCUUUUUCGAUAAUAAGCAAAAAGCCAUCCAACAA